CGCGGCGCGGAACGGGCGGUCCCGCAGCGCCGAUGGCUCCGCCGAGCGCUGCCCGAGCGCUCCGCGCUGCCGCCGCCCGUAUGGGCGCUCCCCGCCGGCUCCGCUCCGCCCCGGCAGCCCCGGGCAGGGCGGCCCGGCCGCGGGGACCCCUGCCCGCCGUGGACUUCGGUGACCCGCGGGAGGCGUUCCGUAGCAAGAGCAGCGCCGAGCUGCUGCGGGGGCUGCUGGUGCUCGGGCUCUGCGCCGUCGAACCGCUCGUGCAGCACAACCGGGAGCUGCUGCAGCUAUGCCAGCGGGUGCUGGGGCAGACGCUGUUCGAGCGGCUGAUGAAGAUGACGUUCUACGGGCAGUUCGUAGCCGGGGAGGACCAGGAGGCCAUCAAACCGCUCAUCCGGCGGAACCAGGCCUUCGGCGUGGGCGCCGUGCUGGAUUAUAGCGUGGAGGAGGACCUGAGCCCCGCGGAGGCCGAGCGCAAGGAGCUGGACUCCUGCACCUCUGCAGCCGAGAAGGAGAUGGGAGGAGCAGAACAAAGGGAGAAGCAAUUCCGAGCCCAUCCAGGAUUUGGGGAUCGCCGCGGUGGGGUCAUCAGCGCCCGCACUUAUUUCUACGCAGAUGAGGCCAAGUGUGACCAGCACAUGGAGACCUUCCUCCGCUGCAUCGAUGCUUCAAGUGGCAGCUCAGUGGAAGGCUUCUCAGCCAUCAAGCUGACGGCGUUGGGCAGACCUCAAUUUCUGCUGCAGUUCUCGGAGGUGCUGGUGAAGUGGCGGAGGUUCUUCCACCAAAUGGCAGCAGAGCAGGGCCAGGCUGGGCGGGCAGCACUGGAGAUGAAACUGGAGGCAGAGAAGCUGCAGGAGGCUCUGGCUGACCUCGGCAUCGCAACCAAGGCAGAGAGCCAGCACUGGUUCACUGGCGAGAACCUGGGUGUGAGCGGCACUGUGGACCUGCUGGACUGGAACAGCCUGAUCGGCAGUCGCACCAAGAUCUCCAAGCUGCUGCUUGUCCCCAACAUGCAGACUGGGCAGCUGGAGCCUCUGCUCUCGCGCUUCACUGAGGAGGAGGAUAUGCAGAUGAAGCGGAUGCUGCAGCGAAUGGACGUCCUGGCCAAGAGAGCCACAGAGAAGGGCGUGAGGCUGAUGGUGGAUGCAGAACAGAGCUACUUCCAGCCAGCCAUCAGCCGCCUCACCCUGGAGAUGCAGCGCCGCUUCAACAGGGAUCGGGCGGUCAUCUUCAACACUUACCAGUGCUACCUGAAGGAGGCUUACGACAACGUGACGGUGGAUGUGGAGCUGUCGCGCCGGGAGGGCUGGCACUUUGGCACCAAGUUGGUCCGUGGUGCCUACAUGGAGCAGGAGAGGGAGAGGGCAGCCAAGAUUGGCUACGAGGAUCCCAUCAACCCCACCUAUGAGAAGACCAAUGAGAUGUACCACAAGUGCCUGGACUAUAUCCUCGAGGAGAUCAAGCGCAGCCGGAAAGCCAGUGUGAUGGUGGCAUCUCACAAUGAGGACACGGUGAAGUUCACCCUGCGCAGGAUGAUGGAGCUCGGGAUCCAUCCCUCAGAGAAGAAGGUGUGCUUUGGACAGUUGCUGGGCAUGUGUGACCAGAUCACCUUCCCCCUGGGCCAGGCCGGUUUCUCCGUGUACAAGUAUGUGCCGUACGGACCGGUGAACGAGGUGCUGCCAUACCUCUCACGCCGGGCGCAGGAGAACCGGUGCUUCAUGCAACGGGCGAACCGGGAGCGGGACCUGCUCUGGCAGGAGGUGAAGCGACGGCUCCUGGACGGCAGCCUCUUCAGCCCCAACCCUUGACGCAGCCGUGGCGCUCAGCCCGGGCUCUCUCGUGCCUUCGCCCAUCACCGCUGUUGCCAUCCUCGUCUCAUCCUGCUGCAGUUCCUCCCCCGACACCCUCUGCGCUGGGAUGGGAGGUGUCCUCGCUGCUGUCUGAACCAGGCACACCUCCUGGAGGUCCCUUCUGGAGAGAUGUCCCACCCCAGGGCUGUCCCUUUGCUGUCCCAGGGGCCCCCAAGCUGUCUCGGGGGAGAUGCUGGGGCUCCCCUGCUGGACCCCCACCUCUGUGAAGGCUCUCCCGGCGUUAUGCCCUUGCAGGUUUCAGAUGGGAGAUGUGGCUGCCUGCAUCGUGCCAUGGGCUCAGGUCUGGGGUGGGUUGGGGAGCUAUGGGACAAGCUGGCUUCAGCCAGAAGCUCCUCCAGCCUCUGCUAGGGCUGUGGUUUGAUGUCUUCCACCUCCAUGGAGACAGAGGUCAUGGUGACCUGUGGAGGUUGCUGGGCAAGGUGAGUGCCCUCUGUCCCUGGCUGCUCACCACUUUGCACAGCCCAGAGCUGGGCAGGACCGGGCUCUCCUCUGUCCCACCACGAGCCCAAGCUGCCUGGGGUUGUCCAUCCCCAUGCUCACGACGUUCAUGUCCAGCAGGGCAGGAGGGGUAAGGAGGGGCUGGUUGGCCCCAUCCCUGCACCAUUCCUGCCCUGCCUGCAUUCCCAGCUCCGGGCUGUGCUGCGGGCAGGGGUGGUGGCCGCCUGGGAGCACCGGGAGCCAGAGCACAGCUCGGCUCUGCUGUACACUGGAUUUGCGGAGAAUAGUGAUGAUUAAAUCGUAGCUGUUCUUGCUCCUGUCUCUCUCUUGCAGUCAUUGGGCAGCCGCUUGUCCCGGGGUUUCAAAUGAGGUUUAGCGCCUUCUCAGCCCCCUCCAGCCGCACGCUGGAUGAAAGGAGCCAGAGCCGAACUGCAGCGUCUCCGGGGUUGGGCGCUGUGGAUGGAGUCGGGGUGCAGGGUGCUGCCUCCUCACUGCCCAAGGCACUGAAUGCCCUUGAAGCCCCCAGAUCCUCAUGUUUGUGCUACCCGGAGCCCUGCGUCCAUCUCUGAAAUCAGGAAGGACACGGAGCUGUUGGAGCGAGUCCAGAGGAGGACACACAGAUGAUCCAAGGGCUGAAGCACCUCCCGUACGAGGACAGGCUGAGAGAGUUGGGGUUGUUCAGCCUGGAGAAGAGAAGGCUGCGAGGAGACCUUAGAGCAGCUUCCAGCGCUGGAAGGGGCUCCAGGAUAGCUGGGACCAGACUUUAAAGCAAAGCUUAUUUUGACAGGACAAGGAGUAAUAGUUUUAAACUAAAGAAGGGGAGAUUGAGAUGAGAUCUUAGACAGAAAUGUUUGCUGUGAGGGUGGUGAGUCAAUGGCCCAGGCUGCCUUGAGAAGUGGUGGCUGCCCCAUCCCUGGAGGUGUUCAAGGCCAGGUUGGAU